GCAGCGUCUUAUUAAUCUGUGCAGAAUUCCCAUCCCAAAUUGUUCAGACUGUCAGACUCUCCGCAUUCUUCUUAUUCUUCACGAUCCCCAAACCACCAACCACCACCCGCCAGGAGAACGAAGCAAGGGCGGUAUCAGUCAUCCGGGCGCAAUCAAGCACAAUUGAUAUCCUGCCUCGUACCUCCACCCCAAGAAAUUCAAGAGCCAACUGAUCAAAAACGACAUAUACCAAGGGACCACAAACGAAACCAUGGAGGCGCUGCUGAACCAGUCACGCUCGCUCUGCCCUUUCCUGCAGCGGACUUCCCCCGCUGCCCUCCGUGCCCUCUCGACCCCAGCCAGGCAACCCAAUGCCGGCCCCAGUCCCAGGGGAGGCACCAUUUCCAACCUGCAGGUCAUUGCCCGCCGAUGCCCCAUCAUGAGCAAGGCGCUUGCCGUCCAGAGUGCUCGCAUGGCUACUCCCAGGGCAUUCAGCACCUUUGCCGGUGGUGUCUCUGGGGGCGGCGCGAAGGGCGUCAAGGGAAUGCGUGCCCCUGGUGCUGGCAAGAGGAGGUUCCAUACCUCUGCGAGUAAGGAGGCGGCGAUUGGGCAGGGUGCUGCUGUUAGGAAGCAUGAGAAUGUUCAUCCGCCACUUUCCGAGGUUCAAGCCGGGAAGCCUGCUAUGGCAGAAACAAUGACUGUUUUCCCAGGCCCCAAGCCGGAGGCCCCCUCGAUCAGCAAAUUUGACUAUGAGGGGUUCUAUAAUAACGAGCUUGAAAAGAAGCAUAAGGAUAAGUCCUAUCGCUAUUUCAAUAAUAUCAAUCGGCUUGCCCAAAAUUUCCCGCGUGCGCACAUGUCCGAUGCGCACGAACAGGUGACCGUGUGGUGCGCCAACGACUACCUCGGCAUGGGACGGAAUCCGAAGGUUCUUCGAACUAUGCACGAAACCCUCGAUAACUACGGGGCUGGUGCUGGAGGUACUCGUAAUAUUUCAGGCCACAAUCAACAUGCUGUUGGGCUGGAGGAGGCUCUUGCCAAGCUACAUGGCAAAGAUGCUGCGCUGGUGUUUAGUUCCUGCUUUGUUGCCAACGAUGCCACUUUGGCCACGCUGGGAAGUAAACUUCCUGACUGCGUGAUAUUGUCAGACAGUUUGAAUCAUGCAUCGAUGAUUCAGGGAAUACGCCACUCCGGCGCGAAGAAGAUGGUCUUCAAGCACAACGACUUACAAGAUCUGGAGCAGAAACUGGCCUCUUUGCCCCUGUCUAUCCCCAAGAUCAUCGCCUUUGAGUCGGUCUAUAGUAUGUGUGGAUCUGUAGCUCCGAUUGAAAAAAUCUGUGACCUGGCGGAUAAAUAUGGCGCUAUCACUUUUCUCGAUGAAGUCCAUGCUGUCGGCAUGUACGGACCACACGGUGCCGGCGUUGCCGAGCAUCUCGAUUUUGACGCUUACGCAUCUCUGGAUACGAGCAAUCCUAUGAGUACUAGAGGAACGAUUAUGGACCGAAUUGACAUUAUAACCGGCACACUCGGAAAAGCCUACGGCUGCGUUGGUGGUUACAUCGCCGGCUCCGCCUCCUUCGUCGACACCAUCCGGUCCCUUGCCCCAGGGUUCAUCUUCACAACAUCUCUCCCACCCGCCACCAUGGCCGGCGCUACGACCGCCAUCAAAUACCAGUCCUCAUACGGCCGCGACCGUACCCUCCAACAACUCCACACCCGCGCGGUCAAAGCCGAAUUGACAGCAAACGAUAUCCCCGUCAUCCCGAACCCAUCGCACAUCGUUCCCAUCCUCGUCGGAGACGCAGAGGUCGCAAGACAAGCGUCCGACAUGCUCCUCAGAGACCACGGUAUCUACGUCCAGGCCAUCAACUACCCCACCGUCCCCAGGGGCGAGGAGCGGCUGCGCGUCACGCCGACCCCAGGCCACAUCAAACCAUACCGUGACGAGCUCGUCCAAGCCCUGCGGUGCGUCUGGGAACGCCUUGGCAUCCGCAAGACGAGUGAUUGGAAAGCGGCUGGCGGCUUCUUGGGCGUUGGAGUUGAAGACAGUGCGGAGAAUCGCCCGCUCUGGAGUGACGCGCAGCUCGGGCUUAGUGCAGGCGAGGACGUGGAACAGGCGCUUGAGCGCGAGUUUAGAGCUGAGGCGUUGCAUAGGGAGCAGAUGAUGCUGGAGAUGCAGCAGGCUGAUUUGAAGGCGCAUGUUCAUGUGAAUAAUACUGGAUCUGCUGCUGCCACACCUGUCGGCGUUGCUGCGUAAGCAAGUAAUGGAGGAAAUCGAGAGCUUUCCGUUUUAUUUUCUUUCCCUACUUCCCAAAAGCAUGUCACCUCCCCUCUUGCUGGUAGCAUCUUAUCUUAUCUUUCCUUUUGCAGUCCUGGCUCAAAGGCCUUUCUCCCGGCCUAUCCUUCAGUCCUUACCUUAAAUGCAACGUUUUCCUCACCCCCCAAUGGCUGUUGGUGGUGGCUAUUUUGUGACUUUGAUGAAUCGAAAGGUCGAGGAUAUAUAUUUCGAACUCUCGUUUUUGCACAUAGAAUCUAUUUUGUGCGUGUACGUACAUGUACCUAUUGGCUAUAUUGACUAUCUUGGCUAUGCCUAUUCAUACGACCGCCAUAUUUUGGUCUUUUGGCACGGAAUGGAUAUUCAUUGACUUCAUUUUUUUUGGUUAUAUUCUUUUACGGGUAUUCAAAACUGUCACCCCUUGGGGCUAUGCUGGGACUCGUUUGCCCGGUAUAUGCGUAUGCUUGGAUGGGGUUGGAGUUUUAUUUUUUACCCUCCUCUUGAUGCGCACAUGACAUUUUUAAAUUUCCUUUUAGGUUAUAUGUAGCUGGUCGGCUACAACCAUGCCAGGGUGGGCUAUCUAUCUAUCCCAUCCCUCUUAAUGGAAUUAUCUCUUUCGAUUCAAAUCUGCUUUUACUGUACUUCACACUCUCAUAUUUGUGGCUCUCUUUUGAUGGGUGGAUGUAGAAAUUUUAGUUAUUUGUAUAUUCUUUUUAUUGAGAUCUAGAACGAGUUAAGAGAUGGUAAGGAGAUUAUACGUAUUCCCCUCCAAAUGCAAGGAGAGGAAAAUUUAAAAAAAAGAAAAGAAAAGAAAAGAUAAAAGAAAAACAGGCAUCACAGAAUACGCAACCCGACUAACUAUCCAUU